UACUGACCUGAAGACAAGUGUCUAGAUAUUUUUUUACAUUUUCGAACCGAUGUCCGAUGCUGCUUUCAAGAAGGAAAAUACACUGAUAACGUACAAUACCACACAAUAUAAUGGAUAAAGGUCCUAGCGUUCUCACCAAGUGCUACUUGGUGACUUGGAAAAAUUUUGGUCUUUUUUUCAACGUAAGAUCCAUAAUAUUGGCGUGUGUUUUUUUGCUGUUGCCAGUGGCGAUAAUGAGUUUAAGAUUUCUCGAUUCCGAGGGUGAUAUAGUAAUUGACUCUAGAUUGGAGCUUAAUUCUGCCGACUUGGAGGACCUCAGUAAUGAUACUAACAAAAUUGAAGGAUUGGGUUACACCCCAAAAAGUGACUUCCUUGAAGCCUUUCUCAAGGCUGCUAAUCUUAAUGUAACAAAAGCAUUUUCCAAUCGUCGCGAUCUUGUGGCAAAUGUAAAGGAAGAAAAGAUAAAGUACGGCAUCCAAUUUCCAGACAGCUGGUCGGAUAUGAGCAGUUUGCCCGAUAAGUUUUCAUUCUCGAUAGUUUCAUUAGAUCCUUAUCAGGCGCUGAUCCGUUUUGGAAUGCCGGAAAAGUCAACAUACGCGGAAAAGCCAGCGUUUCUCAAGAUUCAGAAUGUUUUGAGCCUGCAGUAUAUAUAUGCAAAGGCUGAAGAACGCAAAAUAUCUGCAAACUUUACGGUACCAGAGUUUAAGGUGCUCCCUUCUCUCCCGACACAUAAUUUGGGGUCUAUUCCUGGGCUUGGCAUGCUUCAAUAUUUUAUGUCCAUAGUGCUUCUAACUUCAAGAUUGGCAACGGUCAUUCUCGAGGAGAAGGUGUUGCAGCUCAAGGAGACACUAAGAAUGCUGAGUGUGAGUAAUUUCAUUCAGUGGCUAGCCUGGUAUAUCUUCGGCAUGAGUGUCUUCACCUUAUUGGCUGUCGUAAACACGAUCUGUUGGGUUCUGAAGCUGCCUGCUUGGUCGCAACCAAUGGUUCCAUAUUGCAAUUGGUCCAUUAUCCUGGUCAUGCUGAUUAUUUUUGGGCAUGCGGCCGUGUGUUUCGCCUUUUUGGUCAGCUCGAUUUUUAAUUCGCGUAAACGUAUCUACAUUUGGACGCUUCUUGGCCUAGUUGUAUCAUUUUUACCACGUUUGCUUAUUGAUACCGAUUCCGGACCAGUGCAAAUCUUUAUAAGCAGCAUGUUUUUGAUGACCGGUAUACGAUUGUCCUUGGAUGAUGUUGAAUCAUGGGGAUACUUUAAUGACCCCAUGGAGUGGAGCUCUUUUUUCGAUGUGUUUUGGGCUGGCGGCGGCAUUGGUUUUGGCUGGAAACUAGUUGCGAUCUUACUGGGCAGUGUUAUAUGCAUCUUCUUGUGUUUGUACAUUGAUCAAAUCCAUCCAGGACCUUACGGAGUGUCAAAACCAUGGCACUUUCCCUGCUCUAUAUGCUGCAAGAAGCACGGCCUUCUGAAAUCGUUCUAUCGCCCAUACAUCCACUGUUUAGCCACAUUUCGGCGACACAGCGACGAGGAGCAUGCUGACCCUGGCGACAACAUCACACUCUUAACCGAGCCACUGCCAGGGGACAAAAAGGUCGGUGUCGAGAUCAAAAACAUAUGCCGAUCCUUUGGCACCAAGAAUGCUGUCAAGAAUCUAAGUUUCAGUAUUCUGGAGGACGAGGUCACCAUUCUAAUGGGCCACAAUGGAGCCGGCAAAACCACGUUGAUCAGCAUGCUGACCUGCUUCAUCCAGCCCACCUCCGGCACGGCCCUCAUCAAUGGCUACGACAUCAGGACACAACGUUCCCAAGCCCGGCGCUGCAUGGGCGUCUGCCCGCAGAGUAAUGUCCUUUUCAGUGAGCUGAGUGUCGCUAGUCAUAUCCGGCUCUUUGCUCGGCUAAGGGGCAUGAAGGGGCCAGCGGUCAAGGAGGAGGUCAAAAAGUACCUCGAAAAGCUCAACCUUAAGGAUAAAAGCCAUGUGGCGGCCAAAAAACUCUCAGGCGGUACUCAGAGGCGAUUGAAUGUGGCAUGUGCUCUGUGUGGAGGAGUUAAGGUACUGUUCUGUGACGAGCCAAGCACUGGCCUGGACCCUGCUUCGCGCCGCGAACUCUGGAAGCUGAUCCUGGAGGCGAAGAAGGGCUGCUCCAUCCUGCUAACCACUCACCAGUUGGACGAUGGGGAGGCCCUGGGCGAUCGGUUUGCCAUCGUCAGUGAUGGGCAGCUGAGGUGCCACGGGACACUGUCUUUUCUGAAGCGUCAGGUGGACGCUAGUUCAUUGCUGACCUGCGAAGCGAAAAAGAACUGUGAUGUUCAAAAGUUAACCUCGCUGAUCGCCAGUCAUGUGGGAGCCAUCCAGCCCGAUAGCUUUAUUGGUCGAGAUAUUUGCUACAAACUACCACUGCGCUUGUCCUCGUCCUUUCCAUCGCUAUUUCGGGAUCUGGAGCAGAAAAAGGACAGUCUGGGGAUUCGCGGAUUUGGAGUGAGUGCCAUGAGUCUCGAGGAGAUCUUUAUGACCUACGGCGCCGAGAAACCCAAAAUUUUGUCUUUGAAAUCCCGGCCAAUUCGAGAAUCUGGUGGUAGAGAAGAGGACCAGGUCGAUAUCGAGGAGGAGGAUGAAACUGACAGAAAUUGUGCGGAUCACUGGAGGGCGAUGAUGUCGAAAAAGAUGUUGUUCAUGUGGCACGAAAAGAUCUUAUUUUUAGUUAUACUGCUGAUUCCAACACUAUAUUGUGUUAGUGUACUGUUAGGGAAGUUAGUGGAUAUUACUGUACAACAUAGUAUGGAUAUCAGUAACUACGGCGACGCCUCGCUACAGAUUCUUGUUCAAGAGCCAAAGGAUAAUGAAGAUGGUGUACGGCGGAUGGAAAUUUUGAAGAAACUUAUCGGAGACUAUUGUGAUGUCAAGACAAUAUCGGAGCCUCCUGAAGACUAUGUCGAGGACAAAUUUGUGGAUAACAAGGGAAGGCAUGAAGUAAAGUUUUUCCUAAUGGCAGUGGAUUUUGAAAAUGGGAUCACAGGAUGGACUGGUCCCAAAGAAAUCCUUCAUGCUGUACCCCUUACCAUUAAUGUCAUCUACAAUGUCCUGGCGAAAGACGUCCUUGGGCCUGAAGCUAGCAUAGUGGCUGCUAAUUCUCCACAACAAAGUUCUUUUUUUGAUAAGUUUGAUGAAAGCACCCGAAUAUACAUGGCGCUCAUAUACAUUGUCAUCGUCUUGUAUGUAUUGUCGAUGUCCAUCAUCCAUGAGCGGACAUCGCACAUGAAGCAGCAGCAAGCGGUGUCCGGUGUGAGCAUGAUCACCUAUUGGAUGUCCCACUUCGUGGUCGACCUUCUGGUCUUUAUGAUAUGUAUGCUGCCGCUUGCUCCAUGUGUGAUCAGCGAUAUCGAUUGGGGUCGUACCCUUUUCGUGUUUUUCCUGAUCGGAGCUUCCAGCUUGCUCCUUCUUUAUCUCUUGGCCUCUGUUGCAUCUGCUAUGGUUACAAACUUUGUGUUCGCAUUUGGAUUUCUAACCUGGUUUGAGGAAAAAUUUCUAAUUUUUCUUGUCGUACUAUAUUUUAUCUUGCUAAUGCUGUUUGAGUACGGCACUGGUUUGUGCUACGCACUAAAGGAUAUUUGUCAAGGUAAGGCAGAUGACAUCGAAGAUCCUGAAAUAGCCAGGAAAGCGGAGAAGAUUGCAAAUUAUAGUGAUUCUCAGUUACGAAGUCUGGCCCUUGUCGUAAGAGGGGUAUCCAAGAGCUACAUGUGCCAAAGUGUGGUGAAUAAUGUUUCCUUUGCAGUAAGACCGCAGGCUUGUGUGGGCUUACUGGGGCCAAAUGGUGCCGGAAAAACCACUACUUUCAAGAUGAUUGUUGGCGAUACUCUACUGGGCAGUGGCAAUGUAUUCAUUAAAGGAUACAGUGUUAAAACGCAGAAGAAGUUGGCCAUCAGCCAAAUGGGCUACUGUCCGCAGUUUGAUAGUUUCUUUGAAUUCUUUACUGGGCGACAAGCUCUCUAUUUUUUCCUUCGGUUGCGAGGAACCCAACGCACGUAUCUUAAAGGAUGCGCCGAAAAAUUAGCCCAAGAUUUUGGAUUUCGCCAGCACUUGGACGCAAAGAUCAAGAACUAUAGCGGCGGCACUAAGCGGAAAAUUAAUGCUGCCGUAGCGUCCAGAGGAGAAACUUUGAUCUGUAUGGACGAGCCCAGUUCCGGAGUGGAUCCGGCCUCGCGCCGGCAUAUCUGGAACAUCUAUCAAGGGUUGGCCAGCCAGAACAAAUCGGUGCUACUCACCUCCCACAGCAUGGACGAGAUCAAUGCUCUUUGCUCUAAAAUCGUCAUAUUGGUGGAUGGCAAGAUAUCCGCCAUGGGAUCGAAUCAGAAUGUCAAGGACAAGAUUACCCAGUACCUAGUGAUCAAGAUGACCGUGAAGGCGACGCAAGAAGACAUGGAAAAAAUUCUGAGCAAGAUUGAAGAAGAACUUCCGGCCGCCUAUCCUGGGGCCAGCUUGGAGGAAAAGUACGAGUUCAGUGGACGGCUGGUGUUUAGAAUCCCCAAUAAGGAUAUCAAAUUGUCGGAGGUUUACGGAUUGCUGGAAAAAAACCGCAACUCCUGGCAGCUUCUGGACUAUUUCGCAUCCCAGCCAACCUUCGAUGAUGUUUUCGAGGAUAUUCUCGCAGAGAAAAAGAAAAAAGAGGACCAGAAAAAGCACAAAGAACCAAAAGAAAAAACAAAAAACAGAAAUAGAAAAGAAAGUCCUUCAAGAAAAAAGGACCAAGAUGGACCUUCAACUAGCAGGAAGAGUCGUAAAAAAUAAUAGUUUCAUUGGUAAAAAUCAAGAGUCUACGAAACAAAAUUCAUACGUUUUUACAAAUUUUAGGUAAUGCCAUGUUUGCUAACAAUUUAUAUAAUUUUGUCAUGUGACUUGGAUA